AACAUAGGUUGUUCUAGAAGACGUGGUGGAUUUCGUCGAUAAUAAUAUUGUGGAAACGGAAACAGUGAUCAGUGUUUGAAUGAAUCAUUGAUCAAUCUAAUGUCUCAUCAGGAGCAAGCCGUGUUGUCCCUUCUCUCCAAGCUCGCCCUUUCCUUCGACGGUGCCGUUUUGGGCGUUGCCUUGGCCUUCGCCGCCGUCCGCACCCUCUUCAAAUUCACCGCCACCUCCGCCUCCCUCCGCAAGCUCCGCCGCGCACCCUCCAUCUCCGUCUCCGACCUCCGCUCCCUCCUCGCCGAGCCACCCUCCGAUGCCGACGCCGGCGAAAUCGUAAUUAUCCGUGGCACUGUCGACGCCAAGUCCGCCGUCGACGGCACCUGGAAAACUUUGAAACCCGGCGUAUUGGUUUCUCGCGAGUCCGGCGAUAAAGGUGUCAUUCUUCAAAGAACUCAAACGUGUAUAUACAAUGACUGGAAAGGCUUAUUGGGAUGGACUUCUGACCUUCGAGCCAUAUGUGCAAGAUCUUUGAGGCAGCAAGACUCUACAUCUUUUAGGAAGGUGCCUUUUGUUCUAAUUGAUGUUGGACGGCGGCCAAAUGCUGAGUAUGUUGUUGUCAACAUGGAUGGAUCAAGACAUUCAUUACCUCUGACAACCGUUUAUCAUAAAUUGCAACCAAUAAAUGCUUCUCCUUAUACUUUCUUGCAAGCACUUUUUGGGCAUGAAUAUCCGGUUGGACUACUAGAUGAAGAGAAAAUUCUUCCAUUGGGGAAGGAUAUCACUGCUGUUGGCCAUUGCAGUUUAAAAAAUGGAAUUGCUGAAAUUAAGUCCUGCAAAGAUAUACCAUAUUUUUUGUCUGACUUGAGUAAAGAUCAGAUGAUAGUAGAUCUUUCCAUCAAGGCGAAAAUACUGUUUUGGGGUGGUAUUUCACUUGGUUCGAUGUCAGUUGGGGUACUUGGCUAUGCAGUUUUGAGGAACUGGAUUAAGUGGAAACGGUGGAAGGUACAGAGGCAGCUCCAGCAACAAAGGCAAGCGGUGAGUGAUGCUGAACCUCAGGUGGAUGAUGAGAUUGAAGAUGUUCCAGAUGGACAAUUAUGUGUGAUAUGUCUGAUGAGGAGAAGGCGUUCUGUCUUCAUUCCCUGUGGGCAUCUUGUGUGUUGCCAAGGGUGUGCCAUAUCAGUUGAACGUGAAGUUGCACCCAAAUGUCCUGUUUGUCGUCAGGAGAUUCGAGAUUCAGUGCGGACUUAUGAAUCUUGAACAGACACAGACUGAUUUUUCUGUUCACUCUGCGGCAGGAAACUUUUAUGACUGCUAUUGAGAAGAGUGUUUGUUUUUUACUAUUUCUAUAAGAUCUGGAAUAUGGAGUUUUAGGGAAAACUUGCCUCUGCUCUUGUUUCCUGUGAACUUAUUACUUUAUCUGGUGUAGAUAUUUGAACUUGGUUUAGAUAGGUUGGUCGAGGUUAAUUCGUAGUCUCCUCACUUGUCACUCUGCAAGGUCUUUUGGGGAACCUUGUAGGAUUUUCCAAUUAUCCCAGUGGCUGUGUACAUAAACAUUUAAUUUUGCCUAACACCUAUAGAAUGAACACUGAUAUGUUCUUGUGCA